AUGAUCGGCCGGCUGCUUAAUCUCGGCACCGGCGGCAGCGGUGCAGCCAGCACUUAUGAUCAAGGAUCAAGUGCUAGUCCCCGUCCUCUUCUCUCGCUCGAUUCUGUGCAAGAAGACAUCCACACACGGAAUCUCCUCUUCCCCGACGCGCAUGCGCUCUACCAGCAUCGAAAUGACCAAGUUUUCCCAUUUUCUACUGCGCCUCCUACACCAUCCGCCGCCUCCGCCAGCGCCUAUGACUUCAACGACGAAAUUGACAUCGAUGUUCGCGAUGUCCGCAUUUUGAUCAUGCAAGAUAAUCUCGGCGCGACCUCUGCGUCCCUUCUGUUUGACAGUCAUCCUGUAGCUGAGGUCGACCGCACAGCGUCUAACAGUGAAGGCCGGAGGAACCCAUUGUCCCCUCGCAAGGGCAGUGUGAGCCAUUCGCGCCCAGUCUCGAUUCACACAGAAAGCACCCAAACGCAGUUCCGCCAAGGUGCCUUUGACCGACGUGGUUCCAUACACAACCGCAAUCAGAGCCAGGCUGAAACUGACGCCCAACGAGCCUAUCGCGAAUAUCGUGAAGAGCUGGCGACCUUUUCAAGCUGCAUUUUUGGCAACUCUGAAUUGAUGGCUUACAAAGGGACAUCUACCAAAGUACACGUCGUUCCUGGCGAGACACGAGCGAGCGAAACUGUCUCCAGUGUCGGAGACGGUCGCAGUUCUAUUGGCCGCUCUAGCAUGCGUUCAAGUAAGCUUUCGCAGUCUUUUUCCUCGCAGGCUAUGUCCCCAACCUUUUCCUCCAUGCCUCCCACAGCGAGCACCACACCGCGACAAAGUGAUCGCAAGAAGGUUUUGAUUACUCGACUCUUUCCUGUCAACUUGGCAACUGAAGAAGUUGAGCCCUGUGCGACACCGCAAAAUAGAUUUGCAGAUGAGCAUGCUGGCUUCCCUUUCCCAGCCACCACCGACGAGGCCGCUGCGCGCAAAAAGAAGAAGCAACCGAAGCAACGGCGUACUCCAAUGUAUGCUGUUGUUCUUGUUGUCCAGCUGCCACCUGCGACGUCGCGGCUUUCUUCCGCUGUGCCUUCUAAACCGGCAUUCCGCGAGCCAGGCUCAUAUAAUGAGCAAGAGGUUUACUCUUCAUCCUACAAUUCUGUACGUGCUGGCGGUGGUGGCUGGAACAUGUUUGGUUCUGGUAUGCCUACUGAUCCAAACGAGUCGCCGUUUGCGUUGGAUGUUGAAGAUAGAAUCGACUCGUUGACCCAGCACUGGGACAUCAUCAUGCGAACGUUGACGCACCUUCAGUCACUCUCCGCCACGAGAAUACACCAAUUACUCAAGCAUGCUGAUUCCGCAUCUCCCGGCCAGCAGACGCCUAUGAAUCAAACCGGCUAA